AUGGAGACUCGACAGUGUCUGCUGGAGGCUCUCCCCGUUUGGCCAGCGCCAGCGGCUGGUCAGGAGAAUGCGCGUCGACCAAAUAAGGGCGUACUACGAGCGGCGGAAAAGACCUGCAGAAACCGGGAGGCGGAGGCGGAGGCGGAAGUCAAUGUCAAAGCCCCGCCCACCAGCCACAGGAAGAGGCACCGCAUUCGCUUCAGCCUCGGUGAUGUCAUACAGGACGCCAUCAUACGGCACGAUGACAAAGAACAGACUGGGAAAUGGCAGAUGGAUGUGUUAAGCGUGCUGUGUCUGCUGAAGGAGGGAGCUGACCCCAACACUCCUAUCUCCUCUGGAGGUUCUCUUCUACACCUGUGUGCUCGCCAUGACAACGUGUUUGCUGCAGAGGUUUUGAUUGAGCGAGGGCUUAACGUCAACCUGCAGGAUGAGGACCUCUGGACAGCCCUGCACGUGGCAUGUGUGUGUGACCACGCCGAUAUGGUGCUGCUGCUAUUGCUGGCUGGGGUGAAUGUUCUACUGCAGGAUGUGAACGGGAACAUUCCACUGGACUACACCACCGAGGGAACUGAGACCAGCUACAUCAUCCGAAAACACCUGGAGGAAAACGUUCCAGGUGUAGAUGUGCCGUCCAUGCACACCAUGCGUACCCAGAGGCCCAGCACCAUGUUGUCUGAUGUUAGACAGCUGGUCUCCAGCAGGGGCAGUCUCAACCUACGCAACGAUGACGGGGUCACUCUGCUCCACAUAGCGUGUGCUAGCGGCUACAGAGAGGUGGUGUCUGUGCUGCUGGAGCACGGGGUGGACCCUCAGCCCUCCGACAACAGCUAUUGGACACCUUCCACCUGGCUGCCAAAUAUGGACAGGUACUGA